AUGGCUGUCUUGACCCCUUUGAUCCCAUCAGUCGGGCUUGGGCUCCGGAAGCGUAAGACCGGCAACGUGGGCGACGGAAGCUUUGACGACAACAGUCAAAACAACCAGUUCUGGUCAGUGGGUUCUGGUAGCGUAAAGACCGGCAACGUGGGCGACGGAAGCUUUGACGACAACAGUCAAAACAACCAGUUCUGGUCAGUGGGCUCCGGAAGCGUAAAGACCGGCAACGUGGGCGACGGAAGCUUUGACGACAACAGUCAAAACAACCAGUUCUGGUCGGUGGGCUCCGGAAGCGUAGAGACCGGCAACGUGGGCGACGGAAGCUUUGACGACAACAGUCAAAACAACCAGUUCUGGUCAGUGGGCUCCGGAAGCGUAGAGACCGGCAACGUGGGCGACGGAAGCUUUGACGACAACAGUCAAAACAACCAGUUCUGGUCAGUGGGCUCCGGAAGCGUAGAGACCGGCAACGUGGGCGACGGAAGCUUUGACGACAACAGUCAAAACAACCAGUUCUGGUCAGUGGGCUCCGGAAGCGUAGAGACCGGCAACGUGGGCGACGGAAGCUUUGACGACAACAGUCAAAACAACCAGUUCUGGUCAGUGGGCUCCGGAAGCGUAGAGACCGGCAACGUGGGCGACGGAAGCUUUGACGACAACAGUCAAAACAACCAGUUCUGGUCAGUGGGCUCCGGAAGCGUAGAGACCGGCAACGUGGGCGACGGAAGCUUUGACGACAACAGUAGAAACAACCAAUUCUAGUCUGCG